AUGACGUCAUAUGAGGAGGAUAAACGGGGGCGGAAGCGCCACCCGACCCAGCGGAAGACGUGUCAGCUGCCGGCUCCAGGAUUCUGGUGGUUUUUACGUGACACGGGGGAUGUUUCUGUGUUAAAUGACAGGAAGCCGGUGGGCAGCCGGUACCGKKCGGGUUCGGUUCGCGACGCCUUUCUGUCCCUGCUGUCUGCUGUUCUGCCGGUCUCUGCCACAGGGUCCGUGUCCGACGGCUUCCCCGAAAACAACCCUCUGCUCCGCCCUAUGUCGGCCUUCUGGGUCCACCGGAACCAGCUCCCACCAUUACCUCUACUGUUUGUCUCCACAGAACCGUUUCCAUCCUGGGCCACAGUUCUACUGGUUCUACUGGUUCUGGCUGCUGCUGGUCUUUUAUUUUAUUUUCGUCACCGAUUGAGACCAGAACUAGAGGUGGAGCUGGAGGAGAAGGUGGAGGUGGUUUCAGGGGAGGAGUCUGUCCUGCUGCCAUUCAAAAUGGUGGACCAGCUGCCCAAAGAUGUUAAGGUGGAGUGGAUGGACGGAGACAACAGGAAGGUCCAUGUGUAUCAGAACGGUUCUGAUCAGCCUGAAGAACAGCACCAGGACUACAGAACCAGAACCAAGCAAUCUUCAGUCAGACUGAAGACUGGAGACCUCAGUCUGACUCUGUCAUGGCCGACUGAAAGAGACAGUAACAUCUACACCUGCAGAGUCUCCAGCUGGAUAAGAAACAUCCAGGUGAUGAAACGAGUUCAGCUGGAGGUCAAAGUCCAACAGGUGGAGGUGGAAUCAGGGGUGGAGUCUGUCCUGCUGCCCUGCAGAACCACAGAGAGUCUGGAUGGAGACGUUAAGGUGGAGUGGAGGAAUGGAUAUAAUGAUGUGGUCCAUGUGUAUCAGAACGGUUCUGAUCAGCCUGAAGAACAGCGCUGGAACUACAGAACCAGAACCAAGAUGGAUGAAAACCUGCUGAAGAAUGGAGACCUCAGUCUGACUCUGAGAUGGCCCUUUGAUGGAGACAGAGGGAUCUACACCUGCAGAGUCUACAGAGGAGGAGACGUCCUGAUGGAGAAAAAAGUUCAGCUGGAGGUCAAAG